AUGUCGGUCUACGCCUACCCCCUACUUGACGACCACCUCAAUGUGGUCACCCCGGACUCGUCGGUGCCCGGCACGCCCACCGGCCCGCGACCGCGCAGUCCGCGACCCCGCAGUCCGCGCCCGCGCACGCCGACGGUCGCGUCGACGCCGAGCAGCUCGCCGAGCAUGUCCUCGAUGGACUGCGACGACACGGCGCCCCUGCUCCGCGGGUACCGCUACGACGUCGCCGACGACCACCGCGGCCUCUUCAGCGAGAAACCCAUCCCCGCUUGGCAGCGCAGGCCGCAGCAGCCUAUCCGGAGGCGGCCUCGGGGCUUCUUCACCGCCAAGGUUCCCACGCCCAAGCACUUCUUCAUGGUCGUCCUCGGGUCCAUGCUUUUCAUGUUGGGCUGGCUCACCCACACCCCGCCAGAAUACACGAUCGUCAAGCCGGACAGGCCGCUCUAUCACCCCCUCGACACGGCUGCCUUCCACCGACUUGACCGCGUCGUCAAGAUCAGAGUCCUCGACGACCUGUUGAAAGAACGUUAUCCGCAGGAUAUUCGAAAGCCACGAACACACAACCACAAUGCACUCGCCCGCUUGGCACACUGCAUCGAGUCGGGCACUUGCGGCCCACACGAACAGGAGAUUGUCAUUCUCGCGUCGUACCACUUUGGCGGUGUGUACGAGGGCCGAAUGGGCGGUGAGGAGGUGUGGGCCGACUCGACAAUCCACGCGCUCAAGGAGAUGAACUACACGGCAAUCUACACCUGGACCCACAUGGACACGCUGUUCAUCUACCAGUCGAUCCCGGAAAUGAUCAAGAUCAUCAUGUGGGAGCCAAAUGUCAUCGAGGCGUGUAUGGAGCGCGUGGACAACGACUCGGCCGACAAGCAAGACAAGGACAAGUGGAAGACGGGCGAGCCAGAUACCUGGCAGCGAGGACAGAAGGGCUGCAUGCAGCGCACCGACUUUGUCAAGGGCAUCCCAUGGUGGAAGAGCUUUGCUUGGCACUUUUGGCCGCCACCGGUCACGCCACUCGGCGCGCCAUGGACCCUCGCUCCGGAAAACUAUGGCGCGUGGAACUCUAUCGCGAAGAACUACUACCUUGGCUACACGGUCGAGUACAAGUGCAAGAACUACCCGUUCUUCUCGCAUCGCGAGCACCGUGCCAUGAUCCUGGCCAAGAACGACGAGUACUUGGACAAGCGGCUCAACCUGUUCCACGGCCUCCUGGCCAACGUCCGCGACGCCAUCACGCCCGCCCCGCACCCCUUCCUCGACGACGCCGACGACGUCAAGUUCUCGAUGUUGUCAACCGCGGGCAAGGCAGUCCCGAACGGUGGCACGCGCGAGACGCCAGAGCCUGGAAUCCGCAGUGUUGGCCGCAUGCCCGGCCCUCAGUGGAUCGAGGCUGUUGCACGCUCAAAGGUCAUGAUUGGACUCGGUGACCCGAUUCUGUCCCCUUCGCCCUACGACGCGCUGUGUAUGGGCGUCCCCUUCAUCAACCCUAUCAAGAAGUGGAAGGAGGAGGAGCCGUUCAACCGCGAGCACUGGGAGUUGCAACACGACGCGUUGCGUGACCUUGACGCGCCUUACGUCUACCAUGUGUUCAAGGGCAACGAGACCAUGCUGCGUGAUGCCGUCGAACAGGCGGUCAACAACCCGAUUGGGCGAUUUAUCCCCGAGCGCAUGACCAUGAAGGAGAUUAUCAAGCGCCACGAUUUCCUUAUCAACAACGACUGGCAGACCAAGGCUAUAGAAUACGUCGGAGAGACGUACAAAGACGAGCUCGACCGGUGGCAGCACUUGACCAUGGACGAAUUCUGGAUCGAAAAGAAGAACUCGACGGCGGACGCGUCGGCCUCGGCCUCGACGUCGGCAUAGACCCCCCGUCGUCAAUCAGACCUUUACCCCCCCCCCCCACCCAAUUCACUGGCCAGAGGAGCUCUCCCCUCUGGCCCCUACAACAUUCACCUCGCCACCUGGGGCGACGUAGCACCUAGAAACAUCACUUGACGCGGAUCCAUUCAUUGUACAGUAGCCAUUGCUUGUAAUGCGC